AUGGGCAGACAUCAAUCCCCGGUCGACAUACAAACUGAUCGGUUGGUCUACGAUCACUCGCUGAAACCGAUUGAAAUAAGCGGUAGCGAUUUGCAAUUGGAUCUGAUUGUUGAGAAUGCUGGUCAAGAUUUACGUCUCUCGCUACUGUCCGAACAAAUUGUUCUCACUGGGGGUCCAUUCUCAUACGAAUUCCAAGCAGUCACAUUGAACAUGAAAUUCGGUUCCGUCUCCUCGCGCGGUUCGGAUCAUCGCAUCGACGGUCGCAGUUUGCCGGGUGAGGUGAGUGAAAUAUGGUGUCGAUUUCUAUGUAAUAUUUCGAAUAAGGACAUACUAGGAAUUGUGGCCGCGGCAGAGAAAACUAUCUUUAAGGGUCAGACAUUUCAAUUACGUGGUUUGGAACUACGCUCGUUGCUCUCGUCCACACGAGAAUACAUGACCUAUGACGGUUCCCUACCGUUUCCCGGAUGUCACGAAACCGUGAAGUGGGUUAUUCUCAAUCACCCAGUGUCUAUUUCAGAAACAGAGCUCAAAACACUACGUCGGUUACGAGUUGCCAAUACGCUCUGGUCGGGAUCGAUGGCUGACAAUUUUCGACCGGUACAACCCUUGAAUCAUCGUACAGUGUCCACGAAUAUCAAUUUUAACACCGCUGUAAGUUUGAUUUUUUUAAACGGAAUAACUGUUUUACUAAAUGAGUGUGAAUCCCGCAUUGGUUGGCCUUAUUUUCCUGAUGCAGGUAUCCAUCACCUAUAUGCGUAG